GCGCACCAAGUCUUUCAAAGCGGGCUAUCGACACUUCCACUCCAUGAACAGUAAGGCGCGAGAGACGAACUCCGUGGAAGAGGUGUACGAGCUAUUGCAGAUGAUUGGCGAAGGGUCUUCCGGUUCUGUCUGGACGGCGCGGCGGCGGAUUCUGAUCGGCACGGACCGAGAGAG